GCUCGUGUCGUGGAAAUGACUUAAAAUGCACUUUAACCCUGCGUGGUCUAAAUCCAUGAUCUGUAUAACAAUCAUAAAACCCUUCACACUCAACAUAAUGGUCUCAGCAGCAGGGGAUCAGUGCUCCACAUAGAAGUGGCUCAAUCCAGGGAGGACCCGUUUCUGCUGGAAUAAUUUAUGCAUCUGUCAGUGCUGGUGGAGUGUGUUAGUAGGAGUGGCCCAGGCGCUGGCUGCCUGCUUUGCAUGAACCGUGGACUCCCCAAGUUAGCGGCUGCAGCUCGGAUAUUUCCUGUCAGACAGAUCCGAGCCGAGCCGAGGCAAGGGCGGAGGAGAGAGAGUGAGGGAUGGCAGAGAGUAGCUCCGAGACGAGCGGCUCCGUUCACCGGAGAUGUGUGGCCCAUUCCUCGGCGUCGGCGGAGAGGAACAUUUCACCCGGCGUCGGGGCAUCGAAGUGGAUCCGCCUGAACGUCGGGGGCACGUAUUUUCUAACGACGAGACAGACGCUGUGUCGGGAUCCCAAAUCCUUUCUGUACAGACUGAGCCAGGCUGACCCCGAGCUCGACUCCGACAAGGAUGAAACUGGUGCCUAUCUCAUAGACAGAGACCCAACAUACUUUGGGCCAGUGCUUAACUACUUGAGGCAUGGCAAACUGGUGCUCAACAGGGACUUGGCAGAGGAAGGUGUGUUGGAAGAAGCCGAAUUCUACAACAUUACAUCAUUAAUAAAGCUCCUCAAGGACAAGAUCAGGGAACGCGACUGCAAAACAUCACAGGUUCCGGUGAAACAUGUGUAUCGGGUGCUGCAGUGCCAGGAGGAGGAGCUGACACAGAUGGUUUCUACCAUGUCGGACGGCUGGAAGUUUGAACAGCUUGUCAGUAUAGGUUACGGGCGGGCCCACCAGUCAGAGUUUCUGCUGAUUGUGUCAAGGGAGGUGAAGGGAGAGGAGUCUGCUUUGCCAAACAACAGCGGAGAGCUGGUCAGCAUAGGCUCCUCUUACAACUACGGAAACGAAGACCAAGCCGAGUUCCUGUGUGUAGUCUCCAAGGAGCUGCACAAUCAAUCAUACGGGACAAACAGUGAGCCCAGUGAGAAGGCUAAGAGCGAGGACGAAGAGACGGAUUAUGAAAUGAAUGACUCUGAUUAGGGUUGAGCACUUAUGACUCACUGAUUCUUCAGGAAAGGGGUUCCCGGAUGUGAAGAGGACUUAGUAUUAUGAGCUCCUGGUGUUAUGAGGCAAACAUAUCACCUCUGUGGAAGAACGUCGGGCACAAUGGAGAUUUAAAGGGGGGGGGUGUACAUUUAUGUUGUUUUCCCCUCCAUCUUUAUUUUUAUUUCUUGAUGUAAAUAAGUCUGUUUACUGACAAUUUGUGCCUGUACACUUAAACUGGACCUUUAUGAAUUUGCAGCAAGUUUUUUUUUUUUUUGGUUCUUUUCUAAUUGAGAUUAAGAAAUAGCAAUCUACAAUUUUUUUUUGCUAUAAAAAUGGCCGUCAUCAUAUAAGGCCAAUGAUUCACUCAGGGUCAUCUGUUGAAUUAAUUCUACUCUCCAGCUCGAGGGUCUGGUAAGGGAUCAGUAUGGUCUUUAUAACUCAAAAGUAUCAACUCAAAAUUCAUUGUUUAAAGAUGUUAAGAAGGGAAUUGUGCAUUUCUUUAGUGCAUGUUUGAGAGUCGUGCUAUUAAAUGUGAACUUCACCCCGAAAAACCAGUCGACAUAUGUCUUUUCCAGAGAUUUUAAACCGUUACACUGAGAUUUGUGAUCAUGAGGAUCCCAGCCACACAUCACGCAUUUUGUCAGAUGUAGUCGAGAGGUGGCAUUUUACUUUGAAUUGGAAUAUAAAUGUUAAUAGUAACUGUUAAUGGUCAGAAAAGGAACAAAAACAAAUUGUCACUGAUCUGACUGCAAUGCUGAAGGGGCAUUAGGUAAUUUAUCACGUACAGGUCCUUUUAUUGGUGAUGAGAAAAGGACCUUUAAUGAAGAGACGUCCUGUUUCCACAGACUAAAUAAGCUCACCUGAGGGAGACGGCAGAUGCAGGACACUUUUUUUCAUUCACUUUCUUGGCUUGAGAAGCAAAUGCAUUUGCUACUGUAGCUGCUUGUGGCACCGUGCACUGAAUCUCGCCACCUUAGUAACCCAACUACCCGCUGAUAUGGUCAUUGUGAGGUCAACUAAUUAUUACAUUUCCAGGAAGUCCACUUAUUGUAUUAUAAGGGUCGAACUUUUUUUUUGUAUUGGAGACACAAAUUCUAAAUAUUGUUUCAGCUUCUGCAAAUGUGGAAUUUUGGUCGUGUAAAGAACGAAAGAUUUAAUGUUGUAAAAGUGCAAGUUUAUGUCAACGUUCCGAACUUGUAGUUUGGUUUGAGACCUCAUGUUCAUAAAUCUAAAGUUAACUGCCAAAAAAACAAUAUCAAAGGGUGUUUGAUAUACAAACAAUUUUUUUAAACACAAGUGUCCACCAAUAAUUUCCUGUUUACUGUGUGGGGAAAAAAACAUCUUAACAUUUAAAUUUUUCCCACUGACCUCCGAGUUUUCCUUUUAAUGGCUUGUUUCGUAUGUUUGGGGAACAUCUUGUUUAUGAUUUCUUUUUCUUUUCCGAGGGGAAGUAUUUGUUGUGUUUGAGGUUUGGGGACUGGAACUGUUUGACGGCAGUGGCGAAGGACUUUCUGUUCAUAUCCAGAGGACUUUUCUUGUUUUGAUGUAAAUAAUCCAAAUUCAAUAUUAAUAUUUAACUCUUAACAGAAAAACUGCACGUUUUGUACACUGUAUAGAAAACACAACUUCACAAUGGAAGUUGUUUAUACUGGAUCUUUAAAAAAAAAAAAAAAUUGGAGAAUCUGAAUAAUAUUAACUUCUGUUUUGCAUUGUUUGUACAGCACUAGAGAUUUCCAAGUUUAGGGUUGAAACGGCUGAUGCUGACUACGGUGUCUUUCACUGAGAACAUGCCUGGAACAUGUUUGAUAACCAAUAACAAAGCUAUACUUGGCUGGCUAUGAAGUUGACUGUUACAUUUAAAAAAAAAAAAAGAAAAACAUGUAUUUUUUUUUUUCCUGCAGUGGUAUAGAUUCUUCUAAGCAUUUUGAAUUGUGUAGAUUUCGUACACAGCAUUACAUUCACUACAGUGAGAAACCCCACUGUGCACACUGCUUACAGCCUGUAAUGUUAAUGUAAAUACUGCAUUUUAGAACACUUCUUUUUUUUAUAUAGAAAGCUGUUUUCAGGUUUGAUGUGUUUUUAUUAUUUUCUUUUUUUUGAUAGGUUGGAUAUUUCAUUCACAAAUAAUCAUUUAGUGUUGCCUUUAUCCCGAUGACCAAAAUCCAAUGUCUUAUGUGUAUUGCACACAUUGAUCUUAGUGUCAGGGACGAGUAAACUUUUCUUAAUGCUGGCACACUUUGUACAUAUAGACUUGUUAACGACACACAAACCUCCAUUUACUCACAUAUACACUUGACUAAAAACGAUUUUUAUAUUGUCGGGUAAACAAGUAUGGAUGCAUGUUUUUGAUAUAGACUCACUCACACACACACACACACACACAAGGGCUUUUAAAGUGCAAAAUUUGAGAUCUGCAAAGAGAGUAGACUGGAUUUCCUGCCAGAGCUAGGCUAUGUUUACAUUUGCUAUGGUAUUUUAAAGCCUUCCAAAUAUGUACCGUCUUGCACUCCCUCACACACGUUAACAUACUUGUGUGACCGCACCAGGGGGCAACUCGUGCACCCCGCUCCACGUGAACUGAUACCCACGCAGACAUUUUUAAAGAUACUCCAUCCAGUUCUGACAGCCUGUGCUUGAGCGUUGCAGACAAUCUUGCUUUUUCGCCCUCUCCGACGGCAAAGUUGCUCACUUUUAAUAGGAUGAAACUUUCCCUGUGUUGUUUCACAGCUAAGAUUUAUCUGGGUCUUGUUUAGACUUUUUAUUUUCCUGCAAUGGGAUUUUAAUUGUUACAUGUUUAAUUUGCUUGUUUUAUUGGUAAAAACAAGUUGUCUGGAUGAGCAUUCGGCAUUGGUAAUCAUUUCACGUGAUGGACAAACUUAUCAAAACUGUAGCCUAAUACUUUUUAAAGUGCCCAGUUUGUUUUCCAAUCAAGUUACUAGCCACAGACCACUGUAAUGCAUGAUUGAAGAUGAUCACACUUGUAAUCAGAGGGAAUGAAUGUGUCAUUUUUCCUCAAUCUAACAGAUACAUCAAUGAAUAAGAUUCUCAUAUCACACAUGGAUCACUUCUAUACGAUCUUAUGCAAUGUUAGAAAUGUACAAACUAAGUAUGAGAUUAAGGGGAUAGAUCUAUAUGGUCAUGCAUAAGGUAAACACAAUAAAAAUGUUGUCAUUCAA